AUGUCACAUCCUGGCUUUCCUGGCGACGGCUCUGCCACUACCCAUCUCGUCCACAACCUCGUUGAAGAGGCUGUGCGGUCGCUCGAGGGAGUCCCCAUCCCUCUGACGCGUGAGUAUCACCCCGGACCUAAAGAGAAACGAGAGCCCAUCGUUGAGCACCCAGCUAAUCGUAUCGUUGGCAACCCAGCACGAACUCCUCCCAACCAGUGGCCGGUCGAAGAAAUAUCUACUCGGGAAGCGUUGCGACACUCCAUCAGCCCCAGCAAAGUCAGGGAAUUGCUCGACUUCUCCGCCUUGCUGUACGCCGACGAGCCCGACGAUAACCUUCUCUGUCCCAUCUGCAAGCUUCCCGUCAUUACCCCCAUAAUCACGCCCUGCGACCAUACCUUCUGUCUCGAAUGCCUCAAGCGCCAUUUCCGUUCAUCCGAUACAUGCCCCAUCGACCGCACCAGGUUUCGCGCCAGGGACUGCAAGACGUCGAGACUCUUGACCAACAUUCUCGAUAGCCUGGUUGUCGAGUGCCCCAACACUGAGCGAGGAUGUAGCGAAAAGAUGAAGCGCGAGGAGGUUGUUAAGCACACCAUCAACUGCAGGUACACGCUGCACGACUGUCCCGACAAGGCCUGCGACAAGAGGGUGCAGCAGUGGCUUGCAGUCUCGGGCAAGUGCUGGCAUUUCGAGCAGACAUGCGAAUACUGCGAAGACAAGAUGGAGGCGGCGUCCAUGGCGGACCACAUCAAUAAGAAGUGUACCAAAAAUACAACGAGCUGCUCCGACUGCGGCGUGACGAUCAAGCUCUCCGAAGUCAGCCAACACCGCGAUGGCAGCUGUCCCGAGGCGUCGGUUGCCUGCAAAUAUGUCGACUACGGCUGCACACACGAGGCGCUUCGCAAGAUCCUGGGCGCCCACCAAGACGACUGCAUCUACAAGGUUGUCGCCGUCGUGGGCGACAAGGUCAAAGCCCAAGAGAAACAGAUCGAGAAGCUGCAGAAGCAGACUGAAGACCAGGAGAGGCAGAUCAUGGAAUUGAAGGAGGAGCGGCGCGAUUGCAUCUCGUGGGACGAUGUCUUCAGCCUCAACAACGUCCAAGGCGGUCCAAAGUUUAAACCCACAGAGGCCGUCAUGACCAUAUACGAAGACAUGGAACGCCGCAUGGAGGAGCUCAAGAAGGAGCUGACCGACUUGGAAGGGCGCCAGACGGUCAUGGUCCUGAACCAGGUCAUGCCGAUCAAGGACCAGAUCACCGAGAUCAGGAGCAACCUGGGCAUAUUAAAGAUGCACAUGGCCUGGCUUAUGAACAAGAGCCGCGAGGAAGUCGAGCGCAGCCGUCUGGCCAAUCGUAGUGUCAGCAGCACCAGCCGCACGCGCGGCAGCUCCGACAGCGAUGGCGAAGCCGGCCCGUCAACGUCUCGAAGACUGAGCGACGGAUCGAACGGCAUUCCUCGGCUUUGA